CUUCGAUUACAUCACUACAAAACAUCAUCUUAACUCUACCUAUCAAUGGCUGUUUCUAGUUCUCUAGUUAUCUCUCCAAGAGAACUCCGGUCUGAUCUAUACUCUUACUCCUACCAAGACAACUCCAAGACACCUCUGGUUAUCUCUCUACUCUCGUCUCUGAUCGAUAGAACUUUAACUCGGAACCAGAGGAUUAGUCAGAAAGCGUCGCCGGCGUCUUAUUCUUCAUGCGGCGGUGGCAAAACCCAUAUCUUUGACUGCCGUGAAAUCCCCGACUUGACUAUACAAUCUUACCUUGAGAGGAUUUUCCGGUACACUAAAGCCGGUCCUUCGAUUUACGUGGUGGCUUAUGUCUACAUUGACCGGUUCUGUCAAUUCAAUCCCGGUUUUAAAAUCAGUCUCACUAAUGUACAUCGCCUCCUCAUCACCACCAUCAUGAUCGCUUCUAAAUACGUAGAGGAUUUGAAUUACAAAAAUUCAUAUUUCGCCAAAGUAGGUGGACUGGAGACGGAAGAUUUGAACAGAUUAGAGUUAGAGUUUCUGUUCUUGAUGGGAUUCAAGCUACAUGUUAAUGUGAGUGUGUUCGAGAGUUAUUGUUGUCAUCUUGAAAGAGAGGUUAGUUUUGGAGGAGGUUAUCAGAUUGAGAAGGCAUUACGUUGCGCGGAAGAAAUUAAAUCCGGACAAAUGAUCGUUCAAGAUCCUAACCAUCAUCAUCAUCACCAGUUUGCUGAAAUCUUGUUGUAGACAAAUAAAUUUUAUUUUUUGUCGCUUUGUACUUGUGAUCUUGACAUACUGACAAACUUGUCGGUUAGAGUUUACUGCUUUAGUGUUUUCUAUGGUCUUGGUGCAAAUGUAAAUAUAGAUGCGUAGAGAUGAGCAAUGAUGUAAG